AUGCCUCAAUGCUUGAUGACAUCAUGCAAUAUUUCAUUCGCUUCACUAUUAAGCAAGGUUACUUAUGUACCAUCAAUAUCUCGACAAAUACUGAGGUGCAUAAAAAAUUCACAAUGUAGAGUUACAUCAACAAUUGGAUCGAUAGGCCUUCGAAGUUCAGAUACGCUCAACAUUUGUUACACGAUAUCGUGUUGUUUGCCGAGGGAGAAAACAAGGUGGAGAAUACCUGACAACUCAUGCAAUGCUGUUGGAAGAAUCAUUGACAUCCUAGACUUUGUUGGGCAAAGUCCUACAAAACAGUCUGGUAGUAUUGCAGUCCCAGUCGCUACGAUUUGGGAUUUGAAAAUGAAAAGUUGCCUAAAAUCAUGUUCAUCACCAUAUUUUGAUGAAUUAUGGUCCAAAAUGUUUUUUUAA